ACCGCUAGUGAGGGAUCCAGUCGAAUGGCGGUCUUCAUCGAAAUAUGCAAUAUCCUGGCGCAGAAUGGCGCGGAACGAGAGUUGACGGAGACGCCAGGCAAGGUCCGCAGCGGUGCGCAUAAACAUGGACAGUUGGAUGUUGAUACUGAUGGCAGCGCCGAUGGCAAUGAGGAAGAACCAAAGGGCAGAGCGAUCACCCUUAACUCGAAGCUCAUGACCAGUGGAUUGGAAAGCCUCCAUAGUAUGGCCUAG